AUGUCCUCGAGACAUCGAAACCGAAUCCUCCCGCCAUCGUCACUCCUUCUCUCCUAUCUUGCGUCAGCAUCUUACGCUGCCUUCACCAACGACUUCUCCGCGUAUCCGGCAUCAUCGCGGUCAUGUCUGAACACAGCAGCAACCGCGUCCGGGUGCACGGGUGACACGGUGUCCGAAAUGAACCAUUGUCUGUGUGGGAAUGGGGGGAACUUCGUGCUCUCGGCUGCGGCAUGUGUGUCGAAGACCGACCACGAUGAGCUGGAUGAUGUUUACGAGAUGCUUUUGACGUCUUGCACAGACUCGAAAACGCCAUUGGGCGUCUCACAGGCCGAAUUCCUGGGAGCCGGCGACUCGACAACAUCAUCAUCAAGCACGACCUUGGCCACGUCUACCACAACGCCGAGCACAGCAUCGACGACAUCAUACGUCCCAUUGACUACAUACAAGAGCGUGGCGAACGGAGUGACGGUAACCGUUACGAGGGGGAUCGAAUCGGUGCCGACCGGAACGAACGUUGGAAAGGGGAGCAGCAACUCCGACGAUUCAGGCUCGGGUGAAGGAUCUGGCCGUACUGCCCUCGCUGCCGGCCUUGUCGGAGGCGUCGCAAUUGUUUUGGCUAUUCUCGCAUUCCUUUGCUACAGGAAAAAGAAACAGCGUCAGCAGCGAGCAGCCAACACCGGACCAGGCGGGAAAUUCGCGGCCUUAUCGAGCGCGACAAGCCUCACGACCAUGAGCUCUCCGCCGCAAGGAGCGGCCACCACAGCCGGGGCAGCAGCCACGACACAAUAUCACAACGUGAACGAUCAAAGACCGGAUACCGCGGGCGGGUCGAUGCCCAUGGCCGCAACGCCUGGCUGGAAUCCUCAACACCAGCCAUCACAGCAACAACAACGUCAAGAAGGGAACCUGAGCCCUCAAUACUGGCAGCAACAAAACGGUCAACAUUCAGGUUCAUGGCCAUCACCGGUAUCGAAUGGAGGCACGGGCACGUGGGGACAACAUGGAGUCUCCCCCGUCUCUCAGUAUCCUCCAGGAUCUCGUGGCUCGCCUUCGAUGCAGAACGGCACAUGGAACGGCCAAACUUCAAAUGGGCGAGACCUCACAUGGAAUGGCCAAGCUGCAGCACAGAAUGGCACAUGGAACUCCCACAACCACAACUCACCACCAGACGGAACAUGGAACGCACAAGCCGUUCCUCACUCCCAGAACUCACCACCGAACGGAACGUGGAACGCGCAACCCGUUCCCGUCCCGGCACCGAUCCCUCAUCCCACCGGUACCGCCACAACCCCCGUCUUCGAACUUCCCGGAGACCAUAUCCUAGCCGUCGAGGCAGACUCGACACCAAUCGGUCCUGCUCAGCCAGCGCCAGCACAGCAACAACAUCAACAUCACCAACAUCAACAAUACCAAACACCUCUAUCCGCACGACCGUCGUCAUCGAUACAAUCAACACCGCAAAUGCAGGUAGCUCAUCCAGCACAACCGGCGCCCGCACACUACGGCAUGCAGAGGCAGGUCGACGACGCACUACAAAUAUCAAGAGUAGAAUUACCGCCGCCGAGAUAUGAAGGGCCCAGGUCACCGGAAUGGGUUAGCGAGGACAAGAAGUUCGGAUGA